CUUUGCUCUCCCUUCUGAACAGAGCCGCAGAAGAUGGAUGGGGUCUUGCUAGGAUGGACCGCUCUCCUGUGGGUAACAGUUGUGAUUGAAGGCCUGCAGGUCAUGGUCCCUGAGAAGAAGCGGGUAGCCAUGCUUUUUCAGCCCGUUGUGCUUCGAUGCCAUUUUUCAACUUCCUCCACACAACCAGCUGUGGUGCAAUGGAAGUUCAAGUCCUAUUGCCAGGAUCGCAUGGGAGAAGCUUUGGGCGUGGUCUCUGCAGGGAUCCAGGCAGUGAGCAAGAGGAACUUGGAAUGGGACCCUUACGUGGACUGUGUUGACAGCAGGAGAACAGUUCGCAUUGUGGCUUCCAAGCAGGGCUCUGCAGUCACAAUCGGAGAAUUCUACAAAGGACGAGAUGUCACCAUUGUUCAUGAUGCAGACCUCCACAUUGGAAAACUGAUGUGGGGAGACAGUGGGCUGUACUACUGCAUCAUUGUCACUCCCGAUGAUGUGGAGGGCGAGAACGAGGAGUCGGUAGAGCUGCUUGUUCUGGGCAGGACAGGGCUGCUUGCUGAUCUCUUGCCCAGCUUUGCUGUGGAAAUUAUGCCAGAGUGGGUGUUUGUGGGCUUGGUUAUCCUGGGGGCGUUUCUCUUCUUUCUCCUGGUCGGAAUCUGCUGGUGCCAGUGUUGCCCUCACAGCUGCUGUUGCUAUGUCCGCUGUCCCUGCUGUCCAGAUACCUGCUGCUGUCCACGUGCAUUGUAUGAGGCCGGAAAAGCUGCAAAGGCUGGAUAUCCUCCAGCAGUUACAUCCAUCCCUGGGCCUUACUAUAUUCCCACGCCCCCUGUGGCUGGUGUCCCGUCUCAUGCUGUCAUGAGGGAGAAGUCGCACCUUCCUCCGUUGGCGCCCAGUGAAUCCAGCGCAGGAGGCCAAAGUGUACGCAAAGGCUACCGAAUCCAGACCGAUAAAGACAGAGAUUCAAUGAAGGUGUUAUACUAUGUUGAGAAGGAACUGGCUCAGUUUGAUCCAGCGAGGAGGAUGCGAGAAAGAUACAACAAUACCAUCUCAGAGCUCAGCUCCUUGCAUGAGCAAGAUGCCAACUUCCGCCAGUCUUUUCGCCAGGUGCGCAGGAAGCCCCUCCCUCCUCCAGGAGGUCUUCUGGAUGACAAUGCAGAGUACUGGGCAGGGGUUGUCAGUGGAGGUGGCACGUCCAGACCACAAACGUGCUCUGACUACAGAGAGGAGAGGGACAGCUUCAGGCUGAGUCAGCAGAGAUCAAAGUCAGAAAAGCUCUCUCGGAAGAACUUCUCUAUGGGAAUGCCAGCCGUCUCCAUGGAUGAACUUGCGGCUUUUGCCGAGUCUUACAGCCAGCGUGCUCGUCGGACUGAGGGCAGUCAGGAACCCCGGCGUUUUGAGAGAUCAGGAUCGCGUGGAGCACGUGGAGGGGCAGCACAGCACCAAGACAACUCCUUGGAUGAAUAUUAUGGCGCUCAAAGGGGGAACCAUGAGCCACUGACAGAUUCGGAUCGGGGCUGGACAUACAGUCCCUCCCGGAGACGUACCCAUGACGAGAAACUCCUGCCGAGGCUAGUAUGUCGGACGCCUGGAGGGAGUCAGAAGUACGAUCACUCUUACCUAACCAGUGCCCUUGAAAGGAAAUCACGAAGCUACGAUGAGAGUGGCGAGCAAAGUGAGACACCUUCAAAGCAUAGUUCCCACUCCAGCCAGAGAGGUGGGUCAUACUAUGCCUGGUCGCCACCGUCGACUUACAAGUCGGGACAGCACCAGCAGCAACAGCACCAGCAGCACCAGCAGCAACAACAACCACCCCCACAGCAGGAGGAAGGAGAAGACCCUCUGCCUCCUUACAGCGAGAGAGAGUUGAGCCGGGGUUCUUCGUACAGAAGCAGAGAACAGCCGAACCUCAAUUCCUCAGAGAAGAAAAGGAAAAAAGAGCCAAAGAAAACAAAUGAAUUUCCAACAAGGAUGUCUCUUGUGGUGUGAUGCGGUCUUACAAGGCCU